UCUGCACUGCAUUCUUCUCUAUCCUGCAGGUCAGUCAAUCAAUCCAAAGAGUUUGGCCAAGAAGAGUAUCUGAUUCAUUUCGUCUGUUGAUCUCUAGAGAAAAUCAAGCAAUGAGUCCCAAAGCUGUUAUCUUCAAGAAGCUCUCCCGAGACAAGUCGGUGGGCGUCUACAUGGCAAAGAGAGAUUUUGUGGAUCGUUGUGACUCUGUUGAUCCCGUGGAUGGAGUUGUUCUGAUCGAUCCUGUGCAGGUCAAAGGAAAGAAAGUGUACAUCAUGCUGUCCUGCACGUUCAAGUAUGGCCGUGAGGACCAGGAUGUGCUGGGUAUGAUCUUCCGCAGGGACAUCUUUUUGACCACUCGUCAAGUCUACCCUGACCUGCAAGACAAGGAGAGAAGCACACACACCAAGAUACAGGAGAAACUCCUUCAUAAACUAGGAGACAAUGCUUUCCCCUUCUUCUUUGAGUUCCCAGACAACCUGCCUUGCUCAGUGUGUCUGCAGCCUGGCCCCCUUGAUGUGGGAAAACAAUGUUCUGUAGAGUUUGAAGUGAAGGCUUUUUGUGCUGAAAAUCUUGAUGAGAAGGUCCAAAAACGGAGCUCAGUGCGUCUGGCCAUCCGUAAGAUCCAGUACGCCCCUGAGGACAGCAAAGUGGUCCCCUCUGCUGAGACCACCUGUGAGUUCCUCAUGUCUGACAAACCCCUACACGUGCAAGUCAGUCUGGAGAAAGAGACCUAUUACCACGGUGAACCCAUCAAUGUGAAUGUUGAUGUCACAAACAGCUCCAAUAGAUCAAUAAAAGACAUCUCUUUGUCAGUUGAGCAAGUGACCAAUGUGGUUCUUUAUUCCAAUGACAAGUAUGUCAAGUCUGUGGUCAAAAACGAGACAGAAGAUGUAGUACCUUCUGGCACCAGCUUGAAGAAGCAGUAUACCCUUCUGCCUCUGUUGGCUAAUUGCAAGGAGAGACAGGGUCUGGCUUUAGAUGGCAAACUGAAGCAUGAGGACACUAACCUAGCCUCUACAAGCAUUGUAAAAGAUGAUGUGCUAAAGGAGGUGCAGGGAAUGCUUGUGUCCUACAAAGUAGUGGCGAGACUCAUUGCUGCAGGAACGGUCGGAUCUAGUGAUGUAUCAGUUGAGGUUCCAUUCAAGCUCAUGCAUCCGAAACCUGAUCCAGCCAAAGAGAGCGAGUCAGGUGAUAUGGUGUUUGAGGAAUUCAAAAGGGUUUACCUGAAGGGUGUGAUUGGGGAUGAUGACGAGUCUCCCACAGAGGCCUGAGGAGGAAGGGCACCAAGGCUCAUCCACACAGCCAUGGCCCCAACAGCAAGCACAGGCUGACGCAGCCAGACCUGCUGAGGACCAUAAGGAACUGAGAUGAUUGGAGACCACAGAGGAUAGAUGCAGCUUUAGGCUUCUGGUAUUACAGCCUGAUAGGGUGGUAGCAUGCGCUAUCAUGUGCAAUGAGGAACUGCAAACAACAAAUCUUCUGCAAAGAUGGUAUUUUACCUCAAUUUUUGUAUUGGGCUGUUUAGUGUUUGUGUUUUUGGAACUGCAAAGGGGCCUGGUCAUUUAGAUAUGAUGGUUUUGAUGUUGAGCUUGUCCAUGUAUGUUUCACAUAUUUCUGUGUGUUUGCAUGGG